AUGGACUUUGCCACCGAAGCAAAGUAUGACGUUCUCACGGUGAACGGUAUGAGAUACUCGGGGGUCUCAGGAGAUAGCUUCACGGAGCCCGCGCUGGCGGUCGGUGACGUCUUCGUUCUGUGGACGGACAUCGUGUGGGAAUCGGAUUAUCGCGACAGCAACAUUGGUUGGAAGCUAUGCGUCGACCCCCUUCCAUCAUGUUUCGAUGGUCUGUCCCUACACCCAGCACCAGUGGCAGAUUGUCCUCGUGAUGGCGAGGUGUCCCUUAUGGAUUGCCAGACUGCUGAGCCAGGUGCUCUGUGUUUGGGCGGCAAGGACUGUGGCACCAGGGGCGACAUCAACAACUGCUAUGACAGCCUGCUCACUCAUCCGCCCACGCUUGAUGUCUACAGGAAGGGCAAUGGCACGACUCGAACCACGACUGGAACAACCCUCACGACGCAAACAAGUAUCACCCACACAAGCUCCACCAGAACGUUCACGACACAGCCAGCCCCUGCUUAUCUCGAGGUGUGGUCGGUGUCGGGGCCCUGUGCUGUCAUUGCGGGCUGCGUGCAAAGCCCGCACUUCCCGGACCAAUAUUCCGAUCGCGAAUCCUGCACUGUAUCGCUACCGCGGCCACAUACGUUCCAUGUAAGCGUGUUUGCGACUGAGAGCUACGAUAAGCUUCAGCUGGAUGGUGUCCCAUACUCGGGUCGGGAACUUGCAGCUGGUGAUUCUCUUUAUGUGCAGUCAUCAAUUCAGUGGACAUCAGAUGCAUCCAUAGUUGAUGCAGGUUGGAGGCUUUGCCUGGCAGGAGCCGCUACAGACAUGACAGUGCGUGACCCCGGGCUCUCAACAGCGUGGGUCAUUUGCCUUACCGUGCUGUCCACAGCGGUGCUUCUUGUGCCCGUGGUGUUGUGCAUCGCACGUGCUCGAAAGGGCCAGAAGGCCCUUCCCAAGGAGGCUGUGGAGGUGGAGGCGAUUGAGGCGACAACAGGCACUGCAGGCAGCACCCCUGCAGGAGAGAAGGAUGCUGUUUCGGUCUCUCGAGAAGACCUGGACAAUGCCAUGAGGGCUGUCAUCGCAGCCGCAGCCUUCAAUGCAUUGGAUGUCAACGGGGACGGCACGAUUUCAAGGAUGGAGUUUGCGCAGCACUGCGCCGCAAAAGGAGUAGCCCCAGCAACUGCAACAGCUGCUUUUGCAACGCUGGACCUCGAUGCUGAUGGCGUCAUUACCCAGCAGGAAUUUGCAGCCCAUGUGCUGCAGUCGGGGUUGGCCCACCCGCACGUCGAAUGUCAGGGCACAUGGGUGAUGGACCUGCCCAGCGGUAGCAGGGCCAUCGCGACAGUAGUCGGAGCGCAGGUCUCAUGCGCCGGUCAAGGCUUUGUCUUGCAAGGGGAUGAGGACAGCACGUUUUUCCACUGGCAGGAUGGCACUCGUCAGCAGCUGACAGUUACUGAUCGGGAUGGACUUGUCUGGACAAAGGGAGGUAGGUGGCCCCAGGCCCUUCGAUGGACCCGUGUGCCGUCCUGCCCGAUGGCACCGGAUUGCGUGAACAUGGAGCUGAAAAUCAGCGAAGGUGAUGAGUGCAGCAAAUGUGGAAAGGAGCCACGGGCAGGAUCUUGGGUGUGGAUGUGCCCCUCGCACGACACAUGCCUGUGUCCGCAGUGCGCUCCAGUUCCCCGGGAGGCGGUCCUGGGGAUUUCGGCAGCCUGGGUGAUCGACCGCUUUCCAGAGAUGGCAAGAUCAGCGACGGGAAUGGCCAAUCCCAAUUUCCACGAGAUCUGCCCUGCAGUUGCCAUGGGGCCGCGAGGGCUUGGCUUCGGCAAGACUUGUCCGAGAGAUGGCCGACCUGGAUGCAGUGUUGUAGAUGCCGUGGAAGAAGAGCACAGAGGACGUGCAACUCACUUUGUGUCUUGGUGCUGGGCGUAUUCGCUGAACGACUUCGUCAGUGCGCUGCAGUCUUGGGUCGUGACGGAAGACGUGCAUGCCGGUGACGUGUACCUGUGGGUAUGCUUCUUCUGCAACAACCAGUAUCGCAUGCUCGAAUCUGGCACGCGGACCGGCUCGGAUGAGCUCAAAGCUGUGUUUGAGACUCAUCUAGGUGCAACCGGACGGAUGCUUCUGAUGUUGGACAGUUUCGUGCAGCCAAAGUACAUAUCGAGGGCUUGGUGUAUAUUCGAAAGCUUCGUGUGCAUCGACAAAAAGUUUGCGAUGUCGAUCAUUCUCCCAGAGAGCUCGGGUGCCAAGUUCAAGCAAACUUUGGACAGCGCAGGUGGAUUCAGCAAGCUUCAGGAGGCUUUCGAGGCCAUGGACGUAAGGUAUGCGGAGGCUUCCAGCAAAGCCGACGAGGACAUGAUAAAGAAAUUGAUCCUGACAAGCAGUGGCUUCGACGUUGUGAAUGGUGCCGUCAAGACUCGCCUGCUCAAGUGGCUUACAGACGUGUUCCGCAAGCACUUGCUGAGCCAACCAGCGAAGUAA